UUCCAGUGGUAUUAGCCCUAAUGUUUACUGCUCUCUCUUUAUUGAUAGAGAAAGUCAUUGCUACUAGACACCUUAAAUGACUGAAACUGAAUUAUAAAUGCCCACUUCUUACUUAGUGUAUCUUUGCAUAUCAUACCGUGAUAUUUGGGAACGCUUCCCCUUAAGAAGAAAACCUAAUCUUGGAGAUCAUCAAUGACUACUAGGUCAUUUUUGGUCAAGUGAACAAAGCAAAAUCAUCAAUCUUCUUCCAUCAAAACGUACCCCAACAUGGAAAAAAAUAAAAAAAAUCAUUCAAGCUUUGGGGUUUUAUGAGACCAAUAUAUCCGUAGAGUACAGUCAAACAUUUUUUUUCUUCAUAUUAACACGAAAUGAUAUAGUCAUAAUCAACUAAUGUUUGAUUCGAUGAAAAAGUUAAUAGUUUGAUUAUUAUAUUAUUUUUGAAAAAUUUGACAUUAAUAUUUUUAAAGUCAAAAGUGUAACAGUUAACAUUCUCUUAUUAAUCCAAAAUUUUAAUGCAAGAAGACAGAAGCCAACAAUAAAAAAAAAUGUAGAUGAAUAACAAUAUUAUAACAAUAAAUAACAAUCACAAUUAAUAUUUAGUCCUUUUUACCAAUACAGUGUGACACCAUAUUCCCCACAGGACAGACCAAUCCAAUCACAGACCUCAAUGUCCAACACGCGGCGCCACCCGAUUUGCCUGUCGCCCAAAAAAACACCACGUCACAAGCGCCGUAACGCUAUCACUACCCACUGCAUAGAAAACAUCACCGGUAUAAAUUACUCCCCGCGAAAGCUUCAUUUCAUUUCCCCCCUUUUCUUUCCUUUCCUUUCUUCCUCAGUCAGCUAAGCUUUUACUGUGGCUCUCUCUCUCUCCCUCCCCCAUUUCUUUUUUUUCUUCUUCCUUUCUUCCCUUUUCGUUUCCGUGUUUUUUUUCGUCUUCCUCACUCGGAACCCUAACCCAAAACACAAUCAUCACCACCAGCGGAGAAGGAAGCAGCAACACACGCGAGCAAGAAAUUUUCUCAGGAAACAAACACCACCAACUCGUUCCCCGCGAUUCUGCUUCUUCUACUGGUUCAAUCUCGAUUUCUGGGUCUUAGCUGGGUCAAAAAUGCAGCACCAGCAGCAAAGGCUGAAGCAGCAGCAGCAGGCUUUGAUGCACCAAGCUCUCCUCCAGCAGCAGCAGUCUCUUUACCACCCGGGCCUCCUCGCUCCGCCUCAGAUUGAACCGAUUCCGAGUGGAAAUCUGCCUCCUGGUUUUGAUCCAAGCACAUGCCGCAGUGUGUACGUGGGGAACAUCCAUACUCAGGUGACUGAACCACUUCUCCAAGAGGUGUUUGCCAGUACUGGCCCCGUCGAGGGUUGCAAGCUUAUAAGAAAGGAAAAGUCCUCCUAUGGUUUUAUUCACUACUUUGAUCGCCGAUCAGCUGCUAUUGCAAUAGUAUCUCUCAAUGGGAGACACUUAUUUGGCCAACCUAUCAAAGUUAACUGGGCCUAUGCUAGUGGUCAGAGGGAAGAUACCUCAAGCCACUUUAACAUUUUUGUUGGAGAUUUGAGUCCGGAGGUUACUGAUGCAACACUGUUUGCAUGCUUUUCCGUUUUCCCCAGUUGCUCUGACGCAAGAGUUAUGUGGGAUCAGAAGACUGGACGUUCUAGAGGGUUCGGCUUUGUUUCUUUCCGUAAUCAACAGGAUGCCCAAAGUGCAAUAAAUGAUCUAACAGGAAAGUGGCUUGGUAGUAGGCAGAUAAGGUGCAACUGGGCGACAAAAGGUGCUGGAUCCAAUGAUGACAAGCAAAGCUCAGAUGCCAAGAGUGUUGUUGAAUUAACUAAUGGCUCAUCAGAAGAUGGAAAAGAGCCAAUUAACAGUGAUGCUCCUGAGAAUAAUCCCCAGUACACAACUGUCUAUGUUGGUAACCUUGCUCCAGAGGCUACCCAGCUCGAUCUCCAUCGCCACUUCCACUCUCUUGGUGCUGGGGUCAUCGAGGAGGUUCGUGUUCAGCGUGACAAGGGAUUUGGUUUCGUAAGGUACAGUACUCAUGCUGAGGCUGCUCUUGCCAUUCAGAUGGGGAACACACAAUCCCUUCUCUGCGGGAAGCCGAUAAAGUGCUCUUGGGGAAGCAAACCGACUCCACCUGGGACCAGUUCAAAUCCACUCCCACCUCCAGCUGCAGUUCCAAUGCCUGGCCUCACUGCAACUGAUCUAUUGGCAUAUGAACGCCAGCUAGCCAUGAGCAAGAUGGGCGGCGUUCACGCUUUGAUGCACCCACAUGGUCAGCAUCAUCCUCUCAAACAAGCAGGCAUGGGGAUGAGCGCUGGAGCAAGCCAGGCUAUUUAUGAUGGCGGGUUCCAGAGCGUUGCUGCUGCCCAGCAACUUAUGUAUUACCAGUAAUAAUUUGCUCUUUCUACUCUUUCCGAGGCUUCGUGAGGAUUUAUGGGAAUAUAUAUAUAUAUUAGGAGAGCCUUUUCUUCUGUCUCUGGUGUGGUGAAAUGAGUGUUCACCCGCAAGAUAUAUAUAUGAUGAUCACUCAGAGUGUGCAAAUCUGUAUUGGGGAGAUGUAAUGCCAUCUGUAAUGUCUUUCUUUGCGGUGUUAUAACUUUUGGUCAUGGUCACUAUUACACUGUUGUAGGGAUGAGGGAGUUCAUGAUGUCAGUAAGGGGAGGGGAGUUCGGUGUUUUUUUUAGCAGUUUAGUAGUUCUACUGUACGAUGAUGCUCUCGUGAUUUGCUUUUACAGCAAUUUGUCUCUUGUUCAGAUGUUAUCUAAAGUACUGAAAGGCUUCAUGCCAUCCUUUUCCGCUUCCUUCCAAUAAAUUAUGGUGUCGACA